AACAUGGAAAUAAAGGAUGGCUUGAGUGCAGCUGUUCUUGAAGUUCUUGACAAAGAUAAUUACGUGGUUUGGAGUGCUCGGGUAAAAACCUAUUUAAUGGCUCAAGAUCUUUGGGAAAUAAUUGAAGAAACUACUGAACCUCCUAAGCAAGCAGAUGAUGAAGCUGCUUUCAAGGCUUGGAGUAAGAAGAAUUCCACGGCUUUACAUGUGCUCCAAGUUUCAUGCGGGUCGGACGUAUGGUCUAUGAUUAGGAAGAUUAGUUCGGCUAAAAUUGCAUGGAAUACUUUGGCAGUUAUUCUUCAAGUUCUUAAGAAAGAUAAUUAUGUGGAUUGGAGUGUUCGGGUAAAAAACUAUUUGAUAGCCCAUCAUCUUUGGGAAAUAAUUGAAGCAACAACCCAACCUCCAAGGCAAGAAGAUGAUGAAGCUGCUUUUAAGGAUUGGAGUAAGAAGAAUUCCAUGGCCUUACAUAUAAUCCAAAUUUCAUGUGGACCGGACUCAUUUUCUAAUAUUAUGAGGAUUGGUUCCGCAAAAGUCGCUUGGGAUAGGUUGGCAAAAAGGUUUCUUCAUGUUCUAGAGAAACAUAAUUAUGUGGAUUGGAGCGUUGGGGUAAAAACCUAUUUGAUGGCCCAUCACCUGUGGGAAAUAAUUGAAGCAACCACCCAACCUCCAAAGCAAGAAGAUGAUGAAGCUGUUUUUAAGGCUUGGAGUAAGAAGAAUUCCGUGGCCUUACAUGUAAUCCAAAUUUCAUGUGGACCAGACUCAUUGUCUGAGAUUAUUGAGAUUGGUUCAGCAAAAGUCGCUUGGGAUACGUUGGGAAAAAAGUUCAACUUAGGCAUCGAAUGUGUUCAGUAUGAGGCGUUAAAGAAGGCUAUGGAAAGUGGUGAUUGGAACACUGCAGAGGAGUUCCUUAAGCGCCAACCAGAUGCAGCGGCUGCAAAAAUCACAAGUUUGGGCGAGACAGCUCUUCACUUAGCUGUUGAGGCUGGGCAUGAGGAUAUAGUGGAGAAGUUAGUGGAUUUAAUGUCCGAGGAAGACUUGGCAAUACAAGAUAUCUUUGGUAACACAGCUAUGGUUCCUAUAAUUAAUGCUGGAAACUACAGGAUGGCUGCAUGCAUGCUUAGAAAGAACAACAACUUGGUCCGCAUUAAAAAUUCGAUUAAAAUUAUUCCAGUUGAUCAGGCUCUUUCCAAUGGGGAUAUAGAAUUGGCUCGAUAUCUCUAUUCUCGCACCCCGCCGGAAUAUCUAGCGCCAGAAAAAGACAAAGACGGCGCUUCAGUUUGUACUCGGGCUAUAUAUAACCGAAGUUUAGGUAAGAACCAACUCUUCGCCUAA